AUGGACGAGGGACAAGGACCGCAACAUGGUGUCUACGUGGGUAAAGCCAAGGAUGUCACCUGUCCUGGGGAUCAUGUGACUUACGAGUUCGUAAUCUACAACGCACACAGGUGCAGCUUGGAGUGCGUACCAGAGAAGAAUUACUUUCAUGGAGGGCAACCACCUUGGAAAUGCGAGGGCAAUUACGAGGUGGACGAAGAAACUGUUGUCAUGGAAGUCACGAAGCAGGACAUCACUGGCCCUCGCCGUGAUACGGAUGUGAAAUUGGAGACUGGCAAGGACAAAGAGCUGUUCUACCGCAAGACACGCCUUGCUUGGGUUGGUGCUCCGCCACCUCUUCCUUCACAGGAUCCGGUGAAAUUGAAGAAAGUCCAACUCCAAAAAGAAGAAGAGGAAGCAGCUCGUCGAAAGCUCGAACUGGAAGCAACCCGUGAGGAGAUGGAAAAGGAGCGUGCAAGACAAGAAGAACAGGCCCAAAAGGAAAAGGAAGAGCUUGAGAAGUUGCGGGACGAGCUGCGGCGCCAAAGGCAACUGCAAGAGGAGGAGGCGGCCCGACGACGCGAAGAGCUGGAGAAGCAGAAGGAUGAGUUGAGGGCUAUUGAGGAGGAGAAAGCACUUUUAGCGAAACAGCGCCAAGAAGAGUUGGAAAGCCAAGAGGCACAAGAACGUGAGGCCAAGCAAGUACAAGAGGAGCUCCAAAAGCAGAGAGAGGCUCUCAAAGCACUAGAGCGGGAGAGGGAGGAGCUGAAUGAGAAAGAAGCGAAGCAAAAACAACAGCUGCAGGAGGAGCGAAAACAAGAGGCUGCACGCUUGGCUGCUGAGGCUGAUGCUCAGAGAGAGGAGAUUGAACGGCGAAGACAAGAGCUGCAAAACCUGGAGGCUGCCAGAGAUGACAUCUUGGCACGGAAGAUGGAGGAGGUUGGUGCUGGAAGCUGCUGGGAGUUGUCCCGUGCGGCCACAGAUGGAGGGAUUUUGGAUGAGAUGCUGGGUGCGGCUCCCGUGGCCACUGUUGCCCCUGUGGCAACUGUGGCACCCGUGGCGCCGGUGCAUCCCACACCGAAAGUCAUCGUUUCAGUCAACAAGCCACAAUGGCAAGUCUCAACGGCUUGUGCAGAUGACAUUGCGUCCUUUAUCCGCCGAACCGCAGAAAUGUCUGGAUACCUUUCGGAUUCAGUGUUCACUUGUGGAAAUGUGGAUGGUUCGUGUCCGCAAACCAUCUCAAAUGCAAUUGCCAAGACUGCCGAAGCAACUCAUUACAUCGCGCUGAUGGAGCUCACUUGCUUCGACCGCCUGCAGUGUACCUUCAUCGUCUUCCAGUUCCUGUCCGCAGGCAUCAAGGCAGCCAAGAACAUCGAUACAGCAGUGUUCCGAUGUGACAUGGCCGAUGGAGAUGGCGAUGACGGCGAUGACGGCGAUGAUGGCGAUGAUGGCGGCGAUGAUGGUGGAGACGAUGGUGGAGACGAUGGUGAUGGUGGUGACGGAGGCGAUGCAGGCGAUGGAGGUGCUUCAGACCAGGCACCUCCAGCUCUGACGCCCGAACAGGUUGCGGCUCUUUACCCAAAUGGGACACCAAAACCAAGUCGACGUUUGGAGGCGGCCUUGCGGGGCGGCCCUGCACCCAAGACAGGCCGCAUUAGCUUUUCUCGCUCUGAGCGUCGCUUCACAUCGGAGCUACAGAAGUGGGCCGAGCAGCAGCAAGAGGAGCUCCGCAAGCAUCGAGAAGAGCUUCACGCGCUGGAGGCAGAGCGAGAGGAGAUGCUGAAGAAAAAGUUGGAAGAGCAACAGAAGCUACGGGAGGUCCAAGACCAAGAAGCCCAGGAAGCGCAGCGCUUGCGCGCGCAGCGCUUGCGCGAGCAGCGCAGCCGCGAGGCCAUGGAGCAGGAGGCGGAGAUCCAACGAAAACGCCGGGAGCGCGUGCUGGGAGUUUGGGGUUGGGAUGGUCAUGCGCUGCAGGAGCUGGAAAUGGAGCGGGAAGUUGCCAUGAGGGCAAAGGAGGAGGAAGAGAAGCGCAUUGAAGAGGAGAAGGCAGGCUAUGCCCGCCUAUGCAUGAGGGGUUUACACGGUCUCAUGACAAGUCUGACAAGUCAUGAGUUGUUCGAAGAGGAUGAGGCCAGACGCGAGGCUGAAGAGAAGGCUCGAGAACGGUUGGCUGAGGCCAUCCAGGAGCAACAGCAAGAGAUAGAACAACGAAAGCAAGAGUUGAAGGCCUUGCAGAGUGCACAUGAUGAGGUUGCUCAACGGUCCCAAGUUUUCCAAGAGGAGCAGCGGAAGGAGGCGGCACGCGCAGAGGAAGAGAGGGCUCGCGUCGCAGAGGAAGCUCAAAAGCAAGAGGAGCAGCUAGCCCAGAAGCGAGCCGAGCUGAAGACGCUGGAAGAGCACCGGGCAGCAGCGCUGCAAAAUUUAGAGGAGGAGGAGAGGAUCAGAGAAGAGAAGGAUCGCUUGGCAAAGGAGGAAGCUGCAAGACGUGAGGAGGACACGGUCGGGCUGCAGAUGCUGAUUGAUCAAUGGGAAGCCCAGAAGAGGCAUCAGGAACUUGAACGCCGUAAGAGCAUUUUCGCCUGGAUUGCCUUCAACCGUGAUGGCUUUGCGGACAACGUCUCCUGGCGUCAGGCACAGAAGUACCAGCAGAAGAAUUACAACAUCAGCUGGAUCGCCAUUGCGCGAGAUGACAUUCGGGACAUGAUGGGCAUUUCAAUCCACCGAAUCAACAAUUACAUGAUUGUGGCGACCUUGAUUCUCAGCGUUGCUGCUGGAGCUUUGCUCAGCGUUUCCUUCAGCCCCGAGUGUCCUGGUUUCAUUGUCUUCGCUUUCUACCUUUGCACUGGGAUCUCCUUGAUGUUCUUGAUGGAGUCAAUCAUGUUUGGUGUGAAAGGGCAGAACUCGGCUUUCACCAACACCAUGAAGCUCUUGACUUACCAGGUUCGUCCAGAGAACCCAGCAGAAUACAGCCACGACUACAUGAAGCAGUCACAAUGGGUGGAGCGAAAUGGCCUCAGCGCAUUGUUUCGCAUCCCUGGGAUUUUGCCAUCCUAUGACACUGAUAGCGGCCAGGACAAGACCAAGGGUCUGAAAGACUAUGUGGAUGACAUCGUUGAAGAAAGUCGCUCCAGUUUUCAUUACGGUGGAAAUGCAAAGGGACGCCCCAAGAUUGCGGAGAAAAAACGGACGCACUUGGGCAGCAAAGCCACCGGCAAUUUUGAUGAGGAUGACAUCAAUCUGGAAGAGGCAACACCAUUAGAGUCCUUGGUGAUGCGCACCUCGCACACUUGGUACCUCUCAAAAUUUGCGGAAUUCAUGCGUCUGUGGCAUCCCUACGACAUGUAUGCAAAGUACUCCAUGGGCCUGGGGAUACUGUGCUUGGGGCACAGCAGCGCUUACUUCGCCUUGGGCUAUCUGUCGGUGCAGGGCUACUACUUGACAGAGUAUGCCGCAACUGUAAUCACUUUUGCCUUCAUCUUUAUGGUGGUGCUCAUCAUUCAGAGCACCUUCAGUGCUCCUCGCAGAUUCGUGCGCAUUGCAGCUGUGCUGGGUGUGUCGCUUGGACCUGCUUGUGCCACCAUCGCUGCAGUGGUUGUGAGUGACGUCGCCAAGCAGAUCUUGGUGCCGGCGGCCUAUGCAUCGCAUUUUCUCUUGUGGGUGCUGGUGUAUUACGUUGCUCACCAGAUGCCAGAUUCCCACACACACUUUAUACGCCCUGGUGAAGGGUUUUGGAGCAAUAAACACAAGAAAAAGGAGAAAAAUAAUCAGGAUCCACCGAGUGAUCGGGGCCAUCCUCCUGAUCUGGAGAGCGAGCCCCAAGAAUCCCAAGAUAGCCACCACCGCUGGAAGAAACAAGAAGAACACUAUCACCAAGAAUGGCGGCGGAAUUUGCCAACAAUGAGCAAGACCCAGUACCUUGAGCAAUCGCCAUGUGCACGAAGUUCUCUUCGGGCUUUGACCUGUGGCAAUGGGAACCUGCCGUGUGAUGGGCCAUCUGCCAUCCCAGAGGAACCUGAGCCAAAACCUCAAGGGGAAGGGUCCUUCAAAGACUACCAGGAUGAAUGUAAAUCCCAACGCGGUGAUGUAGUAGGCUGGCCUACAGAUGAAGAUGAGUUUUCAAUCAAUGCUGAGAAGACCAAGAGUCAUAUCAAGAGCACUGCCCAUUGCACAAUUCUGGCCACUAUUUGCCUCUGGCUGGCCAUGGUCAUUUGGUCCAUUCUGACUUAUUGGUUCGCGCCCUACGAAGUGCCUGCCAUGUAUCUUGAGCUUGCAAGGCCGCCACAAGUCCAGUGGCCCAGUGCUUCCUUCAGGCCUAGACUGCUGGCGUGCAAAGAGCCCAUUGCCGUCAUGUCAGAUGGCUACAAGCUCUUUGAGUUUGAUCUCGCUUCAGAGUCCACGAAACCCAUUAGUUGUCCUGGGCUGCGUGGCCGUGUCAGUGAUGUUAGUCUGUCCUGCACUCCAGAAGGAUGUGUUCCCGUUGCUUUGGCUGGAAAUCGCGUGGUACACUGCAAGUCCGGCCCAAUGACUGUGCAAGACAGCCUGGCACAAUUCACUGUACUUGGUGAUGGCGCAACCUUCCAAGAGCAACGAUUAGUCAGCGCAAGAUCUUCCGAGCUAAUCUCCUACUCUUGGUCAGACGAUGAAUGGCAGACAGAUGCCUUUCUGGGCUAUGCUCGCUUCCUUGCAGAGCUUGGUGGCGUUGACAACCGGAAGCUUCACUCCGACGAGGGAUUGAUCGCUUUGGACGAGUUCCCGGAGACCGGACAUUUGAUGUUUUUUCGUCGGGUCCCAAACUUGAAGGCCAGCGUGCAGCUGCGCGAUCCGGUGGAUCUCACGCUGAAGAGUCAGUGGCAUCUACCACCUGAUCUCCCAGCCGUCCAAGCUGCCUGUGCCUACGAUUCCAUGUCCAUUUUGGUGUUGCUGAACUCCAGCGCAGAUCCGGAUCUUCCGCGAAGUGUGCAGAGAUUGCACUUUGGAACCAAAUGA